AUGCCUCAAAAGGGUUCUGGUAGAGCAAGAGUCGGGGAUGCUAACUCCCCAACAAGACACAAUGGUGCUAGGGCACUCGCAAGAACUGCACCAAACGAUUACACCACAGAGCUGCCAUCCAAAGUAUAUUCCAUGGCUUUCAACAAUGCUUUGAGCCACCAGUAUAAAAGCGGUAAGCUGUUUGUUAUUGGUGGUAAUAAAGUCGACUUGAUAUCACCCACCCCGGAAAUAGAUUUGAACGCGUUAGACAUCUUAAAGACGGACACACUUGAGGAUAAGGAGAGUUUUGAAGGAGAAGCCAUCUUCAGGAAGUUCUUAGAGGAGUUUCAACUAAAGGGCAAGAGACUACUUUUCAUUACUGACAAGGCAAGAGAGGGGCUGAUGAAAUGUUCUGACCCAUACAAACAAACUGUGGAUGUUAUACAGAAAGAGCUUGUUGAGGUCAAUGACAUACUGAGAGCACAAACCGUCUUCAUUGAACUGGAAGCUCUUGAAUAUUUAGCAAUUGCACACCAAAAAGAAUAA